AUGGCAUUUGGGGAUGUUAGAAGGCAUUCCACCGGCUACAGUGGUACUAGAUGGCCACCAACGCGAGUGAUAAUUCGAAUCACUGAUAUGACGGAGGAGAUGCAGAAGAUGGCCGUGAAUACGGCUUCGGAUGCAUUGGAGAGCUGCCACAAACUAGGGGAUAUUGCAGCGUUCAUAAAGAAGUCCUUUGAUGUGCAGCUUUAUUCCGGGUGGAUGUGUGUCGUAGGCCGGUCUUUUGGAAGCCAAGUGACCCACCAAAUUCAACACUAUAUUUACUUCUUCAUCCGCGAUCUGGCCAUCCUCCUCUGGAAAUGCGACUAA